AUGUUGCAGACCUGCUGCUUCAGACAAUCAUCUCUGUGUCUUCUACCAUGGACGGGGUCUCCGAGGCCCAGCAGCAGGGGUUUCAGGUGCGUCGGGGCACCAACUUCACCAUCAGCUGCUCCGUCCAGCCUCAAUACCCAGGAGGCUCCUUCCAGCUCACCUUCACCUCCUCCAACACGGCACACAACUACACCCAGCCAGCUGUCAAUCACUCCGCUGACUUCCUGUUUCCUGCUGCAGACCCCGCCCACCAAGGAAACUACAGCUGUGUUUAUGGCGUCUAUGUUUUUGCUCAUAACUUCUCCUCUGAGAGCCGUCUGCUGUCUCUCACUGUCACAGAUCCAACAGUUCAUAUCAUCAGACCGGUCGUCCUGCUGGUGACUCUGCUGUUGGUCGUC